AUUUGGACGAAGUGGUUUGGAUAAUGCGUUGGGUGUGUUCCAAACAAACAACCGUAUAUUGACUUUUGGGUUGUCCGUCUCCGGUAACUCGUACACCUCCCAAUUCUUCGUUGAUCGAAUCCAACACCCAACAAACCCUAAAAAUGCCUCCUAGAAGGAAGCCAAGACCGCGAAAUCAAUCCACCGACACCCAUCAUAAUAAUAAUAACAAUAAUGAAUCAAUAUCAUCAUCAUCAUCACCUACUAAUAAACCACCGGUACCUGAACCGGAAUCUAAUUCAGCAUCGGCAGUAGCUGAUGAUGAUGAUUAUUUGAAAUUUGUUAUUCCUGAAUUUGACCCAAUUCCCGGUUCGGGUCUUAUUUCUGAACCGGCGAUCAAUCCGGUGAGCGAACCGGAUGUCGAGACUGUCCAUAACGAAAUUCAGAAUAAUAAUGUGGAUUCGGAUAUUAAUGCUUCUGCAGAAACGAAAUUGGCACAAGAAGAUUUGCCUGCUGUUAAUGUUGAUGACUUUGAAGUACUCGACAAUAAUAACAAUCCUAUGGUUGUCAACGAAGUUAACAUCAGUGAAUCACCUUGCAAGAAUAAUGAUGCUCUAUUUUCCAAAGAUGUUGACAGUGGGAACAUAAAGGCUACUGAAGAAAUAAUGACCACUCAUGAUUCUGCCCUAGUUGUUAGCACCCAAACUUUGUGUGACAAUGAUAUUGAUUCAACUGUUAAAGAUGAUUAUAAAGAAAAGGUGGAUGUUGAUGGAAGUGAUUUUGAUGAAGGAGAUGAUGAUGAUGAUGAUGUUAGUGAGGGCGAUGAUGCAGUCAUUGAAGGCGAUAAAGAUAAAGAUCAAGAUCCCGUUGUAGUUCAGGACUCCGCCCCUGAUAAUAACCAAGAUAAGAAUAAAGAAAUCUAUGUUGGUAAUUUGGAUAAAGAUACCAUUGAAGAUGACCUGGUCAAUGUCUUUCAACGCUUUGGGGAGCUGAAAUCCACUAAAGUAGUGAGGAACUUCACCUCAAAUAAGAGCAAAGGUUUUGCCUUCAUUCAGUUUGCAUCUGUUGAUUGUGCAAAUCGUGCUCUUUCUGAGUUGAAAGAUGGAGUUGAGGUAAAGGGCAAGCUAGCUAAGGUAUCAGCAAGACAGAGCAAAGAUGCACUCUAUUUGGGGAAUAUUUGCAAACGAUGGGGAGAAGAAGAAGUGUUGCAACAAUUGAAAGAUUAUGGAAUUGAGCGUAUUGAGGCGAUCCGUUUACCAGGGAAUACUAAAGGUGGCAGGAAAAUUAGGGGUUUUGCUUUCUUGGAGUUCUCCACACAUUCCGAUGCUGUAGCAGCAUAUCAACGUCUCCAAAAGCCAGAUGCAGUUUUUGGACGUGAUAUAAGUGCUAAAGUUGCUUUUUUGGUAACACCUGUGCAUUCAAGUGGCGAUGGACUGUCACAUGUCAAUCGGGUAUGUGUUGAUGGACUUACUAAAGAUUGGAACGAAGAGAAGAUUAAGGAAUUAUGUAAUCAGUAUGGUGAGGUUGUUAGUAUUAAGUUGUGCCAGAGCUCAAGAUUUAAACAAAAAGAUUCCGGGUUCAUCACCUUUGCUUCUUCUGAAAGUGCCGUUGCUUGUGUGGCUGGGAUAAAUAAUUCUGCUACUGAAGGAGACUCCAAGAUUAUAGCUAGCAUUGCAAAGCCUGAGCAAAAGGGCAAACUCAAUAAGCAGGGUUUACGUGGGGGGUUCAAAGUUGAGAAGCAAAAUGAAGCGUUAUCAUUGAAUAAAGCGGGUGGAGUUUCAAAUAAAAUGUCAGAACCUAAAUCAUCAAAGAUGAAAGGUGUCUUGAACACUCCGCAAACUAAAAAAAGCAAUUACAGUUCCUCCAAAAGCAAGAUCAAAGCCAAAACUAAUAAGCCUCAACAAAAGGGAUCAACCAAAAAGAAUGGUGAAAGUUCUAAAGAAGCUGCACCGCUAAAGAUGAAAGGUGAUUCAAACUCUCAACAAGGUGAAAGGAAAAGAAAAGCAUCAUCUGGUCAGAAGUUGAACGUUCGUGAUCAUGGUUCUACAAAAAAGCCAAAAAAUGAUGGUGAAGGUCAAAAUAGUAAAACUGUAUCCAAAGCUGGAAGUCGCAAAAGAAAACAGGCAACCACUAACGAAGGCCGCGAAGACAGAGGUAACAGAAACGUUCAUGGCAAAAAGCCCUUCAAGAAGCAAAAAGGUAAUAUGCCUGAAAGGGAAAGAGAUAAUUACAGGGACCCAAGAAGAGAUACUCUUACUAUAAGAGGGCAUGAUGACCACAGAGCAAGCACCAGAUAUAUAGAUCCAUAUGCACCUAAAUAUGCCUCAACUGAUGCUUAUCACCCAGUUCCUGGUUCACUGUCUACAAGACACCUCAAGGAGAUGGAACCACAUGCUGGAUACAUUGAACCUGUGACUGCUAAGCCAAGUCGAAUAUAUUCUGAAUAUGUUCCCCCCGUAGUUCGAACCCAUAACCAACAUCAGACUGCAUACCAUGAAUCUGCUUCCACAAUUCAAAGCCAUAACCAACAUCAUACUUUGUACCGUGAACCUCCAUCAACAAGUCAAACACGGAGUCAACUUUAUUCAAGAUAUUUAGAUCAUUCUCAUUUGACCCAAUCUAAUAGGGGGUACAUCGAGACUGCUGCUGUACCUGGAACUCAACGUUACAGAGGUUACCAUUCAUCUGAAUAUGCACAGAUUGCUCACGAUCCUUAUGAUUCUGGAAUCUCAAGAGUUGUUCGACAUGAUGGCAGCCGAGCCGGUGUUUCUACAUAUGCUGGAGGUUCACCGCUCCUAGCUUCUUAUCAACUUCGAGAUUCCACACGCUACUACCAGGCUGGUGGCAGUUAUAGGGGAGCUCAGGAUAUUCGUAGGACAUACUACUAAGUACCAAUUGUUAAAGGCAUAAGGAUCAAGACAUCCAUCUGUUUUUUUGUUUUUUUUUUCCUUUCUGUGGAAGUGUUUGCUUGGGGAAGAUUAUGGGUGUUUAAACCUUGAGGCAUCAUUCUUACAUGUACUUUUCGGGCGGUAAAUCAAAAAUAUAUGUAACGGCUGUCUUUGUAUCCCUGAGAAAUGCUUGUUGUGUUUUCUUUUUCUUCUUUGGCUGAAGUAUAUUGAGAUACUUCUGAAACUGAAAUGAUCAAAUUCUGCAUAGUCAAGUUUCAAA